AUGGACACAGUAGGAGCUAGCGCACCUGGUGGGUAUGGCAUGCCGCUGCCGCAAGAAUCACCAGACAACGAUCCCGAAAGUGAGAAUCCCCUUAAGCAGAAUUCCUUUUCAAGUCAAGGUCCAUCGAUUUGCAUUAAAUCCCUUUUGCUUAGGAUCCAUUGUAUUGUAGGAAUGCCUUCUGCCAUGGCGCAGCUUAACCCCUCGGAAGGGUACUUUGAGCUUGUGAUUCAGCCCAAGUGCAAGUACUACGUGGAGGGUCACAGAUUAAUGUCUCGUGAGCUUGCCAAGCAUGCCAUUCAAAUUUUUCCUUCCUCUAUUAGUUUGUGUCGUGAUCGGUAUGUCGUAGAUUUCGAUAACUUAUCCAAUAUUAACGAUAUUAGUGCAGCAGGUGUGAGCGAUAUGGGGGAAAAUAGCGUUGUUUUUUUCGAAUGCAGUAACUCCCAUACUGGCAAUAAAGAAUCUCUCGGAGAGAGUUGCUCCUGUGAUGAGACUAGCCACCGGUCUGGUUCACGGUGGGCUGAAUCAAAGGAAAUACGGAAUGAAAUCUUGCUUGAGUUUCCCACACGCGAUGAUCUCAAAGUAAUUAUAGACGUAUGCAUUGGUGUGCGCCAGGUUUACAGUCGUUUCUUCUCGUCCCGAUGGCUUACGCCAAGUGUGGGAGGUGAGAUGAGCAAUACCGAUCUCUUCUCGAUGUUCUUAGUAUCUGACGGUGAGGUGGCACGGCACAAGAUUGUCCACCGUUCCGUAGGUCUCCAAGUUGGACACCUCUCCUGCACGGUCUCCUUGCCUCACGUUCAGAGGGAUUUAACACAACUUCCGGGCAGUGAGCAACUCAUUGCCAGCGCUGCGCGGAGACUGGAGCAUGAUGCACAUAUGCUCAACAUACUUUACCCUAGCAGGUCCGGACGCGUGCUUGCGCAUCAGGCGACUGCCGCGCUCUUUUCGCAGCAUCUCUUGCGUGGUGAAUCUGAGCUAUCUAUCUAUAAGAAUCUGCUUCAUCAGUUCUCACCGAAUUUCUAUUUGUCACGCGUUCAGGAGCUGGUUCGUGCAUACCCGCCCACGCAGCACACUGCCAAAUGGGUGCGCAAUGCGACUGUAGAGAGUCUCCUGAAGGAGUGUAAGGGUCGUGAAGAGGAAUUGAUACGAAUCCUAUGCUUAGAGCUUGGGCCUGACAAAAGCAGCGUCAGUCCACGAAUGCGAUAUAGAGUGUUUUUGUUGAGUACGAAACUCUCUGAAUCGGACGUAUGGAAGCAUACCCGUGCUAAGUGGGGGAAACAAUACGAGAAUGAUAUUUUGGAUUUUGAGCCCGAUGCGUCCAUGGCCGAGCUGGAGCGGCAUUACGGAGUAAAAGAGCUUUUGCCAACUCAAUACAACUUUUCAAAGGUGUGGUACCGUACCGAUGAGAGGAUUUACUUUAGAGAUGUUCUACGUUUUCCGAAUAAUAGAUCAGAAGGGCGGUAUCGAAAUCAAGUGCUCGCCUCCCGAAGUCAGCGUGUGCCACUGCAAAUGACCCCCAACGAGCGCCCAUUGCAGCCCUUGGAUCCGCACAGUCGCUGCACCACGGAGAUCGAAAUACUUCUUGACAAAUACAAGCCUGAAUUUUUGCAAAUUAUUCCAUCUAUUGCGGAGGCUAUGAACGCUGUAGUGCGUGGGAACGAGUAUCUGUCAAGCUGCAUUUCCCAAAAAACCCACAAGCAUGAGUGGGGUUACGCUGAGGCAAAUGACGAUGAGAUUUAUGGUGCUUUUUCAGUUUUUAAUUCUAGCGGCCGCUGCGAGCCUUAUACCGCCUUUUUAAGCCAUAUUUCCGAGUUUACAUACAUUUCACCAAGUGUUUUGCUUGCUGUCGUGAUUUUUCUUGACCGCCUGUGCAUGCGGUAUCAAAAACUAAUCAUCUCGCGUCAUAAUAUUGAGAAGCUCUUUAUUUCGACCUUGCGUGUGGCUAGCAAGGUUCUGGAUUUGCGUAGUCUCAACAAUCGCAACUUCGCUCAGGCCUGCUCCUUGUCUACGAAGGAGAUGAACACCUUGGAGGAGUGUAUGCUGAAGCUCAUGAAUAUAGACUUUUUUAUUUCGGCGGAGGAGUUGUAUAGUUACGCCCACUUGCUAGACCCACCGCUUCGGCGCACUGUCGUCCCACCGCCACUGGAUAUCAACCUACCCGUGCUUGCGCACUCAAGCUCUAGCACCAACACCGCCAGCCCCAUACGCGGCAAGCCGGAGCGUCAGAAAGUCCAAUCUCUCCCCGUACCACCCCCAGUUUCCUGUCAUAAUCAAGCAAAGCCUCGCUCACGCUGCUCGAAUCUUUCUAAUGGGCAUGAUCAAUCCCCCCAACGAACUGUCCACCAUACAGGUGCUGGCAACUGUCUAACGGCUUUACCGGGGCCACAAGUCCAAACACACGUCUACCACCAAUUAGGUGUCCAUUCGACCGGAUCGUGA